AUGUCCGCCAACUGCACUUACAACGGCUGCUCCCAGGUCGGAAGCCACAGACAUGAAGAGCACCUCCCUGAGCCUGUCAUUCUCGAUACCAUCUUGGACCACAUCGGAAACACCCCCUUGGUCCGCAUCAACAAGAUCGCAAAGUCGGAGGGUCUCCAGUGCGAGCUUUUGGCCAAGUGCGAGUACUUCAAUGCUGGCGGUUCCGUCAAGGAUCGCAUUGGAAAGCGCAUGAUUGAGGAGGCCGAAAAGGACGGCCGCUUGAAGCCUGGAUGCACCAUCAUCGAGCCCACCUCCGGAAACACUGGUAUCGGUCUUGCUUUGGCUGCCGCUGUCAAGGGUUACCGCACCAUCAUCACUCUUCCCGAGAAGAUGUCCCAGGAGAAGGUCGAUGUUUUGAAGGCUUUGGGCGCUGAGAUCGUUCGUACCCCCACUGAGGCUGCCUGGGAUGCCCCCGAGUCGCACAUUGGAGUUGCCAAGCGCUUGAACGCCGAGAUUGCCGACUCUGUCAUCUUGGACCAGUACGCCAACCCCUACAACCCCGUCACCCACUACGAUCACACUGCUGAAGAGAUCUACAGAUCCUGCAACGGUCAGAUUGAUAUGUUCGUUGCUGGUGCUGGAACUGGUGGUACCAUCACUGGAAUUGCCAGAAAGCUCAAGGCUCUCUGCCCCAACAUCAUUAUUGUUGGUGUUGACCCCCAUGGAUCGAUCUUGGCUCAACCCGAGUCGCUCAACGCCUCAACUGAGGGUUACAAGGUCGAGGGUAUCGGUUACGACUUCAUCCCCGAGGCUUUGGAGCGCAACUUGAUUGACAAGUGGAUCAAGAGCGAGGACAAGGCUUCGUUCAUCAUGGCCCGCCGUAUGAUCCGCGAGGAGGGUAUUCUUUGCGGAGGUUCGUCCGGAACUGCUAUGGCUGCUGCUGUCGAGGCUGCCAAGGAGUUGGGGCCCGGCAAGCGCUGCGUUGUCCUCUUGCCCGACUCUGUCCGUAACUACAUGACCAAGUUCUUGAACGACGGAUGGAUGCAGGAGAACGGCUUCACCGACCAGACCAUGGUCAUCGAACAAGAGACCAAGCACCUCCAGUGGGGCGGAGCCACCGUUGGAAGCCUCCACCUCAAGGCCGCCGUCACCGUUACCAACACCUCGCGCUGCCGUGAGGCCAUCCUCUUGAUGGAGCGCAACGGAUUCGAUCAGCUCCCCGUUGUCUCGUCCAGGAACGGUCGCUUGGUUGGUUUGGUCACUCUCGGAAACUUGCUCUCCAGGAUCGCAGCUGGUCGCGUCCAGGUCGAUGGCCAGGUCAAGGAUGUCAUGUUCAAGUUCCAGAAGGUUGGCACCCACUUUACCGAGAUCACCGACGAGAGCCUCUUGGAGGACUUGACUGGUUUCUUUGAGAAGAACUCGGCCGGUGUUGUCACCGAGCGGGGGGGUUCCAAGGUCAAGGCCGUCAUCACCAAGGUCGACCUUGUGUCCUUCUUGGUCAAGAAGACCGCUGCUUAA